CCUGCAUGCAGACAGACCAGCUGCUUGUUUGAGGCUAUACAGCGGACGAGCAGCAGGAGGAGGAGGAGGAUGGGGAUGCCGGAGAAAUAGCGACAUAAUAACAUCAACACAUCGACUCAAAACACUGGAAACGACUGACCAUGCUUGAGACGCUUGAAGCCUCACAGCUGAAAACCAAACUGACUUGUCCUGUCAAGAGAUAGCCAGUCUGCUGGAUGGAGUCUCGGGAGGAAUGACGGAGUCUCUUCCUGCUUUGGGGUCGCACCAACAGUCAGAGAAAAUGCACCGGGCAGGCGGAUACGUUUUCCUGCUCCUGGUGUCCCUUGUCGCCUCUCACACCGCCGGGGCCUUAUCACCUGACGCAGACGGAAACAGUACAGGGAACGGCACUCUGAGAGACUACGGGUUUGUCCCCGCUGCAUUCACCAAAGUUAGCCAGAUAAUUGCCCGGGAGGGGAGCUGCGCGCUGAUUGAUUGCAAUCUCACCGGAGAGCCGUUCCCCAGCGUUCAGUGGUUCAACUCCCAUGGAGACCGCCUGGACACCGAGAGCUACGAGGGGAAGUGGUGGCUGCUGGACGGCGGCAUCCUUAACAUCACCAGCAUCGAGUUUGCAGACCGAGGGAAAUACACCUGCAUGGCGUCCAACGCUCACGGCAGCUCAAACUGCACGGUGACGCUGCGCGUGGUGUUGAACAAAGGGGACAUGGGCGUGUACUACAUGGUGGUGUGUCUGGUCACCUUCACCAUCAUCAUGGCGCUGAACAUCACGCGCCUCUGCAUGAUGAGCAGCCACCUGAAGAAGACGGAGAAGGCCAUCAAUGAGUUCUUCCGCACCGAGGGCGCCGAGAAGCUGCAGAAGGCGUUCGAGAUCGCCAAGCGGAUCCCCAUCAUCACGUCGGCCAAGACGCUGGAGCUCGCCAAGGUGACGCAGUUCAAGACCAUGGAGUUCGCGCGCUACAUCGAGGAGCUGGCCCGCAGCAUCCCGCUGCCGCCGCUCAUCAUGAACUGCCGCACGUUCAUGGAGGAGAUCCUGGAGGUGGUGGGCGUGGAGGAGAUGAGGCACACGUUCGUCAGACAGGCGCCCGAGGGGUGUCAGGAUACGGACGGCACGGUCGCCUCCAUCCGGGCAAGAGACGUCUUCACCAUCCUGCAGGAGAGGGAGAGGGGGCGAGAGAGGGAGCGGCAGCGGAGCGAGUCCCCCACCGCCGACUCCGACAACUCCUCCGUGCACGAGCAGCCGCAGCACAUCGCCAUCCAGGUGUCGGUGCACCCGCAGCUCUCCGCCGACGGCUACUGCAGCAUCGAAGCCCCGCCUCCGCCUCCGCCGGAGGCCCCGCCCUGCUCGCCGCCCCCGUCCUCCACGCCGCCGCCGCCGCCGCUCUCCCCCGCGCACCACGAGGAGCAGACGGCGCAGACGGCGGAGGAGAAGGAGGAGGAAGCGGAGGACAAAGACGAGGCCGCGGCGGAGGAGACCCCUCCCUGCCAGGUGUUUUACGAGAGCCAUGUGUGACGAAACAAACGAACCCUGGAGGAAUGAAGCGUUCAGCUGCUAUGCAUUUCCACUUGAAGACGAAAAAGAGGUCAAGACA